GUACAAGAUGGCUGACACUUGUUAGUGGUGUGUAUUUUUAUUUCAAAGUCAAUGUGCAUUUUAUAGAGGAAUUUGAGUGUUUCACUUUUGCGUGAAAAGUGAUUUAAUUAGUGGAUGAUAAUUAUUGUUAAAUUGAGCAAUUUUUUGAACCAUUUUCUACCAUGUUUCGUUGCUAUGUGUCGUGAAAGUGUGAGAGGCCCAGUAAUUAUCCGUCACCAGCCAUGUUCAUGUGAGUUCUUUUGUUAUGACAAUUGUAGUGAAAUUCGCGUGUGACUAUUGUAAAGUGCCUGUUUGGAGAUUAUUUUGUGAUCAAUUCAUCAAAUUUGGUCAACAAAACUUGACGUGGUCGACGGAGUACGAAAACAAUAGAUUAAAUGAAAGGACUUUCGGAUUGUUGGUGUCAUAUGCGGAGGUGAGGUGAAGCUGGAACACAGGAGGGAUGAAUGGAACGGCGGCUUUUCGGCACAGUGUCGGUGGGGGUGGUGGUGUCGCUAGUCCAGGUGGAGGAAAUCCUGGCGAACUUAUACCCGUCACCAUCCUCGUCAUCUAUAAGGAUGAUGCUGGAUAUGGGAUGAAAGUCUCUGGAAACAAUCCCGUCUUUAUUCAAUCAGUCAAGAAAGGCGGUGCUGCAGCCAGAGCCGGAGCUCACGCUGGAGACAAAAUAAUCAAAGUGAAUGGAGAGGACGUAAUGCACUCGACACAUGAAGACGUGGUGAAACUUAUAAAAGCCUCGACAGAAGUGGUUUUGACAGUGCAACAGAAACCAGUGAGUUCGGGAGCAUCAGGUUUACCUGGCGAUCAUCCGGGACAACAGCAACAUCACUAUCAUCAACCAGCUGGUGUAAUUGCCGGCUGUACAACCAUGGUAUCACCUUCGCAACCCGCCACAUCACUUCAUAGAGCAUUUACAGCACCAGCUGGAGGCGUAUCGUGUACUGAUCGUAUUACUGGUCCACAACCCGCCGACGUAAGUCCCUAUUAUCGACAUCGUACGAAUUCUGGCAUUAAUUUUCAAAUCAACAGCAACAAAAACAACAACAAUCAACAUUCUAUCAACAGAACACACUCAGCUAAAUUAUGCUUUGAUAAUAUUAAUUUUUCCCCUGCUUCAUCCUCGCUUGAUUCUCCUUCACGCUUUUUUCGAAAUCCAAGAACUUGGAGGCUUUUCGCCAGCACGCCAGUUGUUAAUCACGAAAAGAAGCGUCAACUGGAAAAUGAAAAAGUGAUUACAAUUCAAUUAAUGUUGGAGAAAGAGCAAAGCUACGUGGACAAGCUUCGCAGUGAAUUGGCCAAAGUCGGAGCUGGAAACUCCAACAGCAUCGCGACAUUACAAACUGAAUUAAAUGGAGCUGAACGAAGAGUUCGGGUUUUGCAAGAAAGACUCAACGCCGUAUCGAACAACGAUCAUCUUUGCUCGGUAACAAACACUUCAUCUUCCCCAAGUCAUUUGGCGGUUCUUGACUUACCCUCGAGCAGCGGUUGCUGUGAUAUACCGCCACCCUUACCUUCCCGAAAAUCUCUCUCCAUGCAAAGUCUUUCCCCACCCCCAUUGCCACCUCGUCCAUUACCACCCACUUCAAACACGCACAACACAGUCCAGCUGGAGCGACAACUGCUGUCACAUAUAACGCCUCCCACCACCAGUCAUGGCAUACCUAACUCUUUGUCGCAGGGAGCGCAUUUAGGAUCACCAAGUUCACUCAAUAAGCAUCAUCGAACGAAGUCGAGCCCCGAACAAUUAAGUACGACGAUGAUUUCUCCCGCGGAAGCCAGUAGAUUAUUGAUUGCCUCAGAAUCGAUGAAAGAUUUAUCUCCUCCGCGACAUGGACGUCACAGUGGAAUCGACCUGGAUGAUCCUCCUCACAUCACACCACCAGGAACACCACCUCCACCUUAUCCUAUUCCUAAUUCUAAUAAUUUAACAUCUUCUGGACUAAAUGAUAGCAACAGUUUUUUGACGACGUCGUCACCGAAACAUAAUGCGAGCCUCUGCGAAAGCAGUCCUGGUCUUCCAACUGUUCAAAAACCAAUCAUAUCGAUGGAAGAUGACGAUAUGAGUGAUCAAGAAGUGGGUCAAUUGGAGGAUCAUGGUCCGUUUAAAUACCUUUCAAAAUUAUGGGGGCAUCAUGCACAUCUGGCAGUUUUUAUAAAUUAUGUCUUAUCCACUAACGAUCUCUCCAGUCUGUUAUUUUAUUUAAUAACCGAUCUCUACAAAGAAGGGAAUGCAAAGGAGAUGCGAAAAUGGGCAUAUGAGAUACAUUCUAGUUUUCUUGUUCCUGGCGCUCCUCUUCGUCUCAACAAUGUGGACGAAAAUGUUGCCCGCGAAAUUGAUGACGUUCUUUUAAAGGAGUCAGAUAAAGAAGAGAUUUUAAGGAAGAUCUUUUGGAAAGCAAGAGCCAGAGCUAAAGAAGAAUUAAACGAGCAACUCGCUGAUUUUCAAGUAAAGAGAAUUGCAGGUUUAGGAACAUUAUUUGGACCCUGCGAUCUUGAACUCGAUGAAAGUAAAUCUGAUAAAAGUCGAGAAAUUAAAAUUAUCGAGAAAUAUCUUUUACCAAAAGUUGAAGCGUAUUUAGAGGACAUAGAGAAAGAGAAUGUUGAUUUACGUCAAUUUUUAACAGCUGCAGGUUUAGCAACAGUAUUGACAAAAAUAUUUCAAAUUCGGCCAGUGUCUAUUGAACGAGUACCAAUAUUUGUCGCUAAAGAUAAAACAAAUAUUAAAGCGCGACUGCUCACGGGAAAAUCGCGAAAAAUGACCAUCAGAGGUCAUCAUUUUAUAGCUCAUCAAUAUUUUACUGUAGAUUAUUGUAAUCACUGCCAGAAUAUUAUCUGUGGAAUUGGACCUCAGGGAUAUCAAUGCAAUAAUUGCACUCUCAAUGUACAUCGUCAAUGUGUUCGAGUCGUAGAGGAAAAUUGUACCGGUCCUUUAGUUCGAAAGGAAAAGGGGAAUGAUCGUAUCAGCAAAUUUAUGGAACGUAUUCGUCCUGAACGGAAACCACCCUCUCAUCAUCAUCAUCACCACAAUCAAAAUCACAUGCAUCUCAUUGAACGUAUCAAAAGGUCAGAAGAAGAAGGGACGUUAACAGACGGAGAAAACGGAGAUCAUCGUGGAGGCGGCGCAACCGGAAGUACACGCAGUAGCAGCGAAAGGGGACGCGUUUCCGCUUAUGGCGGAGGUAGUGAUCACGCUGAUAGUAUGGACGAUCCUUCCUCGAGGGAGGACAUUUCCGAAAUGGUGCAACAACAUAUAUCCAGUAAGCCAAAGACGUCAAACAUAAACAGGUCUGAAAGUUACAAGGAGCGGAUACAUCACAAGAGACAAGUACGGGAAAAGCGAAAAACCAGUGAUCCAAAUCUAUCCAAAACAAAUGAUUGCGACACAACUGGAGCUUUUCCUGGAAAUUCAGCGGGUAGUUCUUCGAAUAGUAGUUUAUCGACGAGAAGCUUAGACAGUCCAAGCACAAGUCUGGAACAAGUUCCUACGACCUCGGCAUCAAAUACAUCGACUUCCUGGGACAGCGAUGUUGACGUCGAGCCAGAUCCUCCAGACUGGAGUCAGGGAGUUGCCGAUGAAGUAUUGGCACGUCUUAGUAAUUCAGAAAAGAAGAGACAAGAAGUUAUUAACGAAUUAUUCCAUACGGAACGAUCACACGUGCGAGCGUUGAAAGUUCUUUCGCAAGUCUUCCAUAAACCACUAUUGGAAUCGCAAGUACUUCCCGUAGAUCAAAUACAUCUUUUGUUUUCCAAUUUAGAUGAAAUGGUGACAAUUCAUUCGAGUUUCAAUCAGGCAAUGAAACGAAAGAAAAAGGAGAAUCCCUGUGUUGAGGAAGUGGGUGAUUUAUUAUUGGAAAUGUUUGAUGGCGAUGCAGGCGAUGCAUUUGAACGUGCCGCAUCAAUUUAUUGCGCAAAACAACAAGUUGCACUCGAUGCUUUACGCGAUCGACGUCGUAAAGAUCCAAAACUCAAUAGUUUUCUUAAUGAAGUGGAGGCAAAUCCACUUUGUCGAAGACUUCAACUCAAGGAUCAUAUUCUCACGGGAAUGCUCAGGUUAACCAAAUAUCCUCUUCUCUUUGAGAAUUUAGCCAAAUAUACAGCCGAGAGUAAUGAAAAAGAAAGGAGUGCAAUUAUACGCAGUCUCGAGCGUAGUAAAGAAAUACUUAGUCGCGUUAAUCAAACUGUUAAAGAGGCCGAGGAUUAUCAACGUCUUUCUGAAUUUCAACGUAUCAUUGAUAAAUCAGCAUUUGAUAAAUUCACCGAUAAUCCAACAGUGCAGGAAUUUAAAAAUCUCGAUUUUACAAAACGACGCCUCAUUUUUGAGGGACCAUUACAAUGGAGAAUUGUUAAUCGUGCAAAACUUGUUGAUUUACAUGUUGUUUUGCUUGACGAUAUUAUUGUUCUAUUACAAAGGCAAGAUGAAAAAUAUCUAUUGAAAUUAGUCAAUAGUCAACCAAGUACAGUUUUGAGUCCAAUUGUGAAAAUUUCGACAGUACUUGUCAGGCACAAUGCAGUCGAUCAUAAUUCAAUUUAUCUUGUUAAUACAUCGCAUAAUGGAGCACAAAUUUAUGAACUAGUCGCAUCGUCGCAAGCUGAGAGAAAACUUUGGUUUAAACAUAUUUCCGAUACAGUUGAAGCUUAUAAAAUUAAGGAUAGAGAAGGUAGAAGACCAACACCAUCGGCAACGAUAGCGCAGGAAAUAACACCACUUUCGGAAGAACCAUCGGCACAGGAAAAUGAAGUGAUUGGAGAGAAAUCGGAUCAUGAAAAGGAAUCGAAGGAAUCGACUGAAGAAGCGGUGGCAACAUCGACGACGCGUACGAAUCCAAAGGAGGAAGAGGAAACGCCGGAUGCGCCUAUAACUACCGAGACGAGCGAGAAACCUCAACAGCCGAAAACUGAAACACAUUCACCAGGUAUUGGAGAUACAUUGCGAAUUGUUACCUGUACACAAUGUUCCCUUAUAGAGCCAGAUGAGGUUCAUAUUGAAGAGCCAAUUGUUCUUUUUGCAGAAGAAGUCAUCACGCCGAUUGAAAAAUUGAGACGCAAGGAUAAAGCAAUCAAGCGAGCUCUAACCGAAAAGCAAGCUUUGGUUGCCGAUAUGUUAAACCUAUCUCGAGAAGAUUUUGAGCAUGUCGCAGAUAUUGCGUCAGAGCCAUCUGAACUCGAGAAAGAGCCUGCUGAACUGAUUCUUGCUGCUAUUAACCAAGCAAAUCAAUUAGUAGAAAUGUUAAAUUCGGCGUUGAAUGUCAGUGAAUCGGAAAUUGUUCUCGCUGCUAAGGGAGCUUCAGCUUCAUCAGCAACAGCAUCCGCAGAUUGCGAAGCAACGAGUUGUUCCACGUCUCGUGUUGAGCCACAAAUUCAACAACGAACCGUACCAGUUUCAGAUUUACAACCAAUUUGCACGACUCUUAACACUCAGCUUACAGAGCUUCUUAGAAUUGUAAAAGACAGAGAAGAUGAACGAGAGAAUUUACGAAAAGAAUUGCGCAGAAGUCGAGAAAAGAUUCACUCAAUGGAUAAUAAAGCACAGCGAGAAGAAAAUUUAGUAACGUCAACAUCUAACAUUCACACACAAACAGAAAUUGAUAAUGAACCUAAGGGAGAAAGUUGCAGUGAAAAAGCUAACAAAGAUGAUUUUGUUGAUGCGGAGAGUGAACCAGAAACAGAAAUUGAAGAGGGUGAGGAAAAAUUGAAAGCAGUAACCGAAGUAAUGGGAGACAGUGUGGGUUGAUAGUUCCAAUAAAAAGUGUCAGGGAAAUUUGCGAUAAUUUGGUGCAUUUCACAAAAAAAAAAAAAAAAAAAAAAAAAAAAAAUGAACAGGUUCGAGCCAUGGACGCUCGUACUAGAGGAAAUCAAAAAAUUAUGUAAAAACCACAAAAAAUGGAAAAAAAAACAAAAUGAACGAUGACUAAGUAGCUGUUUAACGAAAUGUAACAGUGUUAGAUAUCUAUUACAGAUCAAUGGGUCUAAGCUUAAAAAAAAAAAUCAUAUCACCAAAGAUUUUAUGUAAAUGGAUUCUUUUGGUGUUGUAGCAGUCGAUUCGGUGUCUUAAAAGUCAACGAAUUCGUAAUCUACAGUGCUUUUUAAAUGCUCUGCAAUUUUUCAAAAGAAAAAAAAAGAAGCAUUGAAAAUUUGCCUGGAUGGCGAAUUUGUAUUUAUAUAAAUAUAUAUAUAUAUAUAUAUAGUCAAUUUAAUUUCGUACUCGAUAUUCGACGAUUUUUCUACUAAACAUAAAAAAAAUCUCAAAUACGAUGUUCCAAUAAGGCGUAUUUUUUACACGAUUUUCUUACUGGUUAUCUAAAAAAACAAAGAAGUGAAAAAAAAGAUUUCUGAUCUUUGUAUUUUAUAUUUCACUUUUUGAUGUUUCCUAGUCCAUUUUUCUAAGAAGUGUAUUUCAUUUCAUAUUUUGGGGACUGAAAUAUUACAAAAAAAAAAAUUUUGUUGAAUUGAAUCGCGAAAUAAUUUACUUAUUAAUUAUUAUAAAUAUUAAAAACAAUUUUUUAAUAAAUUGAAUUCAAUGAGUUUUGAGUUCUAUUUUUGAAAUUCAAUGUAAUAUUGAAGUUUUAUUUGAGUGUAAAAUAAAAUCUUUUGAAUUCUCGAAUAAUAAAAAUUGAAAGGAUUGGAUUGAUUGUUCUAUUUUGAGAAUGUGAAAAACGCAAAUUUUUUUUUUUGGGAAAUUUCUUUCGCGAAACAAUUGCAUAAUGUAAAAGUCCCAAAUUUUUUUAUAUAUACAUAUAUAUUGUCGGGAUAUGAAUAAAAAGUACGAAAUUUUAACCAUGGACUUUUGCCGAGUCUAAUUUAUAAAACAGUAUGCUCCGCAGCAUUGAAACGCUAAUUAUGAUCGAUAUAUUGAUAAAUAUAGAUUUUUGUUCUUGUUAUACAUUAUUAUUAUUAUAUUAUUAUUAUAUUAUUAUUAUUAUAUUAUUAUUAUUAUAUUAUUAUAUAAUGUGCAUGUGGCAAUUAAAGCAGUUUUUAAAUGAAACAUACGUCAAGUGCCUGUUUUUUACAUAAUGCAAUAUUUUAGAAAUAGUCAUUGUACUCAUCGGAGGUAUACAAAAAAAAUCCAUUUUUCACUAAUGUAAACAGUUAAUUGUCAUUGUACUAAACAUUUUUAAAGCGAUUUUACAAGUGGGUUUAUUUAAUUCAAGUGAUUUAUUUUUUUUUCAUAAAUACAUAUACGCAAGGAACGAGAAAGUCGAUUUGAUAAAAAAAAAAAAAAAAAAAAAUUCGGUGCUAUUUUUUAACCAUAUUAUAUAAAGUUCCUCAUUGAAAAAAUGAUUUUUAACUCCAAAAAUUAUUUGGGAGUUUUUUUUGUAAAUGAGCGAGAGACCAAAAAUACUUUUUUUCAACAAAAUUUUCUAGUAUCAAAAAAAGAAUUAAAAAAAAAAAAUUUUUUCUCAUUAAAAAGAAGUAAAUGUGAAACGAAAUUGAACAUUAAAAAAAAAAUUUGGUAAUUAAAAUCGUCUCUCGAUUUUUAAAAUCCAGGUGUUAAUGCAUCCAAUAAUUGUGAAUUUAUAAUAUUGGUAUUAGCAAAAAACACGUGAGUUCGAAAGUAUUCUAGUGAAUAAGUAAAUAGUCGAUUGCCAGAGGUAUUCAUUAUAGAAUAAUGCAGCUAAAACUAGACUACUAGAAUAUGAUAAAAAAAAAAAUAAUAAUAAUAUUGCUCUAAGGCGAAAUUUUUUUCGUAGGGAAAAAGUUUAUAACAAUACUGUUCUCUUUAAGGAGCGACACUAAAAAAAAAAAAAAGAAAAGAAAAACCUGUUGUCUCAUUCAGACAGCCCGAGCAAAAAGACUUGUCUACUUACAUAAAAUCUUUGUGACUGUUAGAUACUAAUAUCAUACCUAAUACUGAACUUGAAAUGGUUAUUAUUAUAAAUAGAAAUAAUAUGUACAUGUAUAAAAAUAUUUAAUAACAUUAUUAGUUACUAUAAUAGUAAUUAUUAUUGCUAUACACACGCUUUCAGUGAAAAUUUCGGUUAAAGAUGACAAAUCACGGUUAUAAAACAAAAACACAAAAAAAAAGAGUUCAGACUUCUUUUUUUUUGUGAAUCCAACAAAAUUGACUUCCAUGUUUUUAACCGAGAUUUCAAAUUAGUCGUACUAUAUAAGUCGUAUCUUAUUUUUUUAACACUUGAGCUUUACUAUUAUAAAACCAAGGAAAGAUUUUUAGAAUAUUUAUAAUAUUCAAUAAAUUUAAGUUAAAACUUAUAAAAAAAAAAAGUUGGGAGUUUUUUUUAAUACGGAAUUUCUUGGAUCAAUUUUCUCGAAUUAUGAAAAUUGUAUAAUAAUAAGAAAUUAAAUAUAGUUGAAAAACAUUAUUAUUUAAAAAAAAAUAAAAUCUUAUUAAGAUUGAAUGUCAAGAAUUUAUGUUUCGAUAGGUGAUGUCAUCACAAUUAUGUCAAUAUGACCUUAAUCAUAUCUUUUACUCAGCUUUAAAAAUAGUCAGAAACUAUUUUACUUUUAUUAUAGUAUAUACAAUUUUUAUAGUAUACAAUAAAAAAGAAACUUGUUCACAAAUUUACAUUAUAAAAAAUGUUUUUCUUAUUUUAAAAAAAUGAUCCAAGAAGUUCUGUUGUGAUUUUAAUAAAUACCAAAAGUUAAUCCCAAACAUCGUUUCCAAACUAUCAACAGAAUAAAUUCGGUGAAAUUCGUUAUAAAAAACGAAAGAAAUUCUUUUUUUUUAAAAAACAAUUUCCAAGUGAAAAAUUCAAAUGUUCAAAAGUAAUUUGAGAAUUUGUUUUACUGCAACAAAGUUUGUUUAUCAAAUAUCAAGAGACUGAUAAAUCUUCUUAUCACCUGAUGAAUAUAUUAUCAAGAAAUGUAAAAUUAUGCGACGCAGCUUAUUAAUCAUUUUUUGUUGUAUGUAAAUGUUGAGCUUAAAAAUUUCCAUUAGAAUUAUUUCUCAACUAAAAAUAUAUGUGAUUAAUAAAUAGGAAAUUCUAUUGCUACAGGUAUAGCAUCCGUAGCAUCAUUAACGUUUUCCCUCUCCUUAAAGUUUAUCUCUCCCUCUUCUUAAAAGAAGAGCCACAUCUGGUGGGUGAAAACACGUUAUAGUGGGAGUUGAGAGAAAAGGAAUGCUAGUGUAAAGAGAGUGAAAAAAGAGAAAAGGAAACAUUAUUAACAAUGGCCUGCAGUAAUCCAAUUAUUUGUAUUUUUUGGCUACUCGUCUUAGUAUUUAUUUCAUUUAUUGUGGCAUUUUUCUUAGCACCAUUCUAUGUUGUUGUGCACUGUCUCACUGCGUUUAUUAGUGGACUUGAUGAAUGCGCAAAUUUACUGUUGAAAGGAGUUCAAUUUCCACAUCAUUGCGCCAAACAAAUGUGCAAUAGUUAAAAAAAAUUAUCGUCAAUUUAUAAAAAUAUAUUCAUGCUUAGUACUUAACAUAUCAUGGAUUUAAUUUAUUUUUGAGAAUUUACGAGAAAAAUUGAACAAUCUAUAAUAAUUCAAUCAUAAAAGCAUGGCUUUUGCAAAACGUGUCAUUUUAAUUUUAAUUUUUUUAUAACAAUUUUUACUAAUAAAAAUUGUAUUCUUCAUAUAUAUAUAUCGUUAAUAUAUAUAACAUAUAAAUGUAUAUUUUAAAGUUUAAUAAAAUAUUUUUAUAAAGGCCA